AUGCCGGCCUUGGCUGAAGGCGACAUUCCUACGACAACCAAGUGGGAAAUCUGGACGUGGUACGCUUAUUACAUCGGCGCCAAUGGCCUGUCUCUUUUCAACUUUGGCCCUACGGCCUUUCAAAACCUGCUCUCUCAGGCUGCCCCCGAGUCUGGCCUCCUCGAAUUUGCUGGCCGAUUACGCGACGUGAACAGUAUCGUCUUGCUCGCCAAUGGCAUUUCCUUUGCUCUGCAAGCCGCUCUGUUCCUGAUUAUUGGUGCCUACGCCGACUUUGGCACUGGACGUCGAUGGAUCUUGAUUGUCUGGUCUCUCAUUGCCUACGGCAUUGGAUUUGGCUGGCUUGGCGUCCACAAGCCCGAGCAGUGGAAGAUUGCUACUGGUCUAUACAUUGUCGGUUUGAUUGCUUACCAGCUAACCUUGACAUACUGGACCGCCGCUUUCCCAUCUCUAGCCCGCAACACCACGAAACUCAAAGACUCGCGAUUGCAAUAUGAAUCUGGAGACAUUACGCUGGGAGAGCUGGACCGCCGCGAUGAGAUGGAGCGAAGCCGUCUGAGCAACGUUUCCUUCUACAUCCAAUCGGUUGGCGAGGUUGUGAUCUUAGCUAUUAUUGUGGGCAUCAUGUUUGGCCUCAAGGUGGACGACAGCGCCGAAAACAACAACUGGGGCUUGUCUGUGCUCAUCGCUUUCGCUACUGCAGUCUGGGCGGUCCUCUCGCUGCCGUGGUUCUUCGUUGAGAAGAAGCGUCCGGGCAUGCAGAUUCCGCCUGGCUACAACAUUGUCACAGUCGGGUUUUGGCAGCUCUAUGAAGCAAUGGCGCAGAUCCGCCAGUUGAAGCAGAGUCUCAUCUUCCUUGCUGGAUACUUCCUCAUUGGCGACUCGCUCAACACAACCGUUACCGUCAUCUCCACCCUGCAGAACCAAGUUGUCGCAUACGACACGCUGAAGCUGACGUACCUUCUCAUCGUGGGCAUUGUCGCCCAGGGCGUUGGCAUCGGAGGCUUUUGGCUCAUCCAGAAGAAAUUCAACCUGAGCGCAAAAACAAUGUUCAACGCCGUCAUGGUGUCCAUCAUCCUGCUCGACGGCUGGGGCAUGGUCGGCAACUGGACCGACAAAUUCGGCUUCCACAACGAAUGGGAAGUCUGGGUGUACCAGGCCUUUUACGGCCUCUUUGUGUGCCCGUGGUACAGCUACUCGCAAAUCAUGAUUAGCUCCGUUACCCCGCGCGGCCACGAGUUCCUCUUCUUCUCCAUCUUCAACAUCAUUGGCAAAUCAUCCAGCUUCAUCGGCCCGCUCAUCAGCAGCGCCAUCAUCGACGCCACGCCCAACGGCAGCAACAACAGCGCCCCCUUUUACUUCUUGUUUGCCCUGACCAUUGUCAGCACGGGGGGCAUCUGGACGUUCCUCGACUUGGAUAAGAGUGCUCGGGAGCAGGAGGCGUUCUUGGCGCAGGAAAAGGCGAGGAUUAUGGGUAACGACGUGAUGACCAGCAAAUCGACCGAUCAGGACCGGGAUGGCGCAUGA